GGAGGGCCCAGCCCAGCCUCACGCAACCGGCCUGGGGCACCCUCUUUCCCUUUAUCCCAGCCCUCUGGCUCCGAGCCCGUGCUGGGCUCCCCGCCCCCCCGAUAUAAAGUCCGUCUCGCCUGCCUCUGUCUCCAGAGGGGGGACUGGCUGCCGGGACCGGACCAUGAACUCAGAGGCUGCCCCAGCGCCCAUCUUCCAGACGGGAGAAGACUGUCGGCCGGCCUGGCAAAAGGCGACCGCCGGUUACGAUGGGCCCGAUACGCACCUGCAGAUCCUGGGCAAGCCGGUGAUGGAGCGCUGGGAGACUCCCUACAUGCACUCGCUGGCCGCCGUGGCCUCCUCCAGAGGGGGAAGGGUCCUGGAGGUCGGCUUUGGGAUGGCCAUUGCGGCCAGCAAGGUGCAGGAGGCCAACAUCCAGGAGCAUUGGAUUGUCGAGUGUAAUGAUGGCGUCUUCCAGAGGCUGCAGGAGUGGGCCCAGCAUCAGCCCCACAAGGUCGUCCCUUUGAAAGGCUUGUGGGAGGAGGUGGUACCCAACCUGCCUGAUGGACAUUUUGAUGGAAUUCUGUAUGACACCUAUCCCCUCUCUGAGGAGACCUGGCACACCCACCAGUUCAACUUCAUCAAGGCUCAUGCUUUCCGCCUGCUGAAGCCUGGAGGUGUCCUUACCUACUGCAACCUCACAUCCUGGGGAGAACUGCUGAAGACCAAGUACACAGAUAUUAAAAAGAUGUUUGAGGAGACUCAGAUUGCAGCCCUGGUAGAGGCAGGUUUCAAGAAGGAGAAUAUCAGCACCACUGUGAUGGACCUGGUGCCCCCCGAGGAGUGCCGCUACUAUUCCUUUCCCAAGAUGAUCACCCCGACAGUCCUCAAACACUGAAUGUGCCCGGCUUCCUCUUCCCACCAGGCUGACCCUGGAAUGGGGGCACCAGGGACUCUCUAGCCUGCAAGGUUAGAGCCUAGGAUUGCCAACUUAUUAACAGUACUUGACAGGGGAACUGGACACAAGAAGUGGACUGGCAAAGACCAAGCAGAGAACUGAGGGACUCUGUGGGACUGUCUCUUGACUCGAGGCCUAAGGGGGACAAAGAAGCUUCUGUUUCAAUACAACAAAUACAUAUUGAGUUCUAGGCAGGGGUCAGUGCUAGAAGUUAAGGCUCAGAGUUUUUCUGCCUUUUGAUCAGUCCUUGUAAACAACUUGCUGCUUUUCUUUGUUUCUUCUGUUAAAUGGGUACAUGUACCUGUUGAUGGGAAUUGACCACCCUCAAAAGCAAUAAUCGGGCUACCUAAUUGGAAUUUUCUUAUCCAAAAGCCUAAGGAAUUGCUUUUUUUUUCUUUUUAAAUAAUAGCCUUUUAUUUUCAAAGUACAUGCAAAGAUAGUUUUCAACAUUCACUCUUGCAAAAUCUUGUGUUUCAAAUUUUUCUCCCUCCUCUCCCCUAGACAGUAAGUAAUCCAAUAUAUGUCAAACAUGCAAUUCUCCGAUAUAUAUAUAAGGAAUUGGCUUAAGGAAAUGCCCCUCCCUUUUAUGUAGGGUUUGUCAUCUGCCUAUAACGUGCUUCAUGGUACUGGAGAAGUACAAAGAAGUCUAGAACUUGACCUGUUUUUGAGGGGCUUGUACCUCAUUUGAGAACAGGGGAUUGAUAAUUCAAGGGUGAGUCUAGGAGCCAAAGACUCACGUCAUGAUGAUUGAAGGGCUUCAAAGAGUCAACAUCUACUUAUUGGUGGUGAGAUUUUACUUCAGAUUAUAGCUGAACUAGAGUGGAUAGUUUCUGAGGGCCCCAGAGCACCCCUUGAGAUGGGAAAAUAGUUUUAUCUUUCUCUGUGACCUUAGACCUUAGCACAGUGCCUGACACUUAAUGUUUAAAACAUAUUUGUUGACUGAUUAACCCCUUUCCUUUGAGAUGGGUAGAGCAAAGAAUAGCCCCAUUUUACAGAUGAUAAUGAAGCUUGUGUCUACUGGAGAGUAGCUAGAACUGGCCUCUGAGAUUUACAUAUUGGCUGUUGUGACUGGGCAAGUCACAAAAUGUAGUUACUCAGUGCAUCUCCUUCUGAUUAAGACCUGCAUUGGUACAGAGUUCCCUUUAAUCGAUAAAAUCAGAGGUUCAGUCCCCAUCCCUUUAGAGGUGAAGAAACUGAGAAGUGACUUGUCUGGAACCACUCAAGAUGUAACUGGGAUCUGAACUCAGGUCACUUGAGGCCCAGUGUUCUAUCAAAGUGAGGACUCUAAGCCCCAGGCCCUGUUUGUUCCCUUUCAGUCUGUUUCCCUGUGGAAGUCCAUUUGAAAGCCUUAAUUUACUAAUACACUGAGUUCUCUAUUCUUUAUUCAGAUUUUGGUGCUCUUCAAACCAGGUGCUCUGCUAGGGUGCCAGAGGUCCUAUGGGGAAGGGAAGGCCCCACACCUUCCCAAUUGUAGCAGAAAAACUGCUGCUUAAAUAAUAAAGGCGUUCUGACCUCA